AUGAUGCUCCAAAUUCUUAGUCUGCUGCCCAUUGUGGCCAUGUCUGUAUCUGCAGUGGUGAUCCCCGACCCACCCGGACAAUACGAUGUGUUUUACAACACGGCAAAGAUGGUCGAAAAGACCAGACUUGAUCCCUUUGACCCCCAUCAUGGACCGCGUGCAGUGAUGGCUUCAAUCUUCGCUCCAACCAACUGCAAAGUCGAUCUCGAGAAGAUAGAUUACCUACCCCCCGCAACUGCCGCAUACUACUCCGACCUAUAUGGCGCAUACGGACUUCCCAACGGGUCGCUUCAAUCCAUCUCUUUCCAGGCGUGCCCAGAACCGCCUAAAGGCCAUCACCUCCACCUUCCAGUGGUGAUCUUCUCGCCAGGUCUGGGCACGACGCGGCUGUUCUACAAUGCCAUUGCACAGGCUGUGGCUAGCACCGGUUACAUCGUGGUGUCUAUCGACCAUCCCUACGAUACUGAGUUCCUGGAGUUCCCGGAUGGAAGUGUCGUGACUGCAGCAAACAUUAGUGACGCGCAGGUUCCACUGGAUGUCGAAACCCGAGCGCGAGAUGUGACGUUUGUGCUGGAUCAGUUGAGCACAAAGGCUGGUGUAGCAGCUCUACUCCCUGGAACGGGUGCCGCGGGGUUGAGAACUCGCCAGGUCGCCAUGUACGGUCACUCGCUUGGGGGUGCAGCUACCGCCGAAGCCAUGCAUUUGGACCAUCGGAUUAUCGCCGGAGCAAACCUGGACGGGUCAAUGUUUGGACCAGUGGUUCAAGAAGGGCUUCGUGGUCCAUUCCUUCUGUUCGGACACGAAAACAAAACUCAGACGACAGACCCAACGUGGAAAGAGUUUUGGUCGAAUCUGCGGGGAUGGAAAUUAGAGCUAGAACUGGCUAAGGCUCAACAUUACGCAUUCUCCGACUUGUCGUUCCUGAUGAAGCUCCUGGGUCUACCAGUUCAAAAGGCCCCGGCCAUUCAAGCCAUGGUUGGAACUUUGGAUGGGUUCAAGGCAUUCGAAAUUGUUCACCGAACUGUCGUUGCCUUUUUGGGGUUUGGACUUCGUCAAACUUCACCUACUCCACUUCAGGAGGUCAUUUCACAGUAUUCGGAGAUAUCGGUCGUUGCGCGGUAA